AGCACGGGACCGAUCGCGACCCUACCCAAUUCAUCUCUGGACAUCUCUGGAGGAAGUAAAACACGGUUCGAUAAUCCUAGAGACAGGCCAUAUAGUUAGUCCUCAGAAAAAUAUUAGUAAACAUUAAUUCAAAUUAAGCAUUGAUGUAAUUCCUUACAAUAUUUAAUAUAAUGUCCGAGUAUGAUAAAGUACGUGCAGGGAAACUGGUACUGAAAGGUGAACGAACAAAGUCAAAGAAACGAAAGCAUAAAAAGCAAGGGAAUAGAGAAAAAUGUGAUAAUCCAAAAGAUGAAGAUACUACAUCACAUGGAGGAUGGUGGAAGGUAACGAGUGUACCUGAAAUUACGGGUACUGUAGCUAUUGAAUUUGUAAAUCGUGCAUAUAUGAAAGCAUUGGAUAAUGGUUUAUUUACUUUGGGUGCUCCUCACGACGAGGGGGAAGGACCUUCACCCGAGGAAAUUUUAACUGCAUUUCCCAUCAGUGAAACUAAAGUUGCAUUAAAGUCUGGUUAUGGUAAAUAUCUUGGGGUUAAUAAGAAUGGUGUAGUUAUUGGACGAAGCGAUGCAGUGGGUGCCAUGGAACAAUGGGAACCAAUUUUUCAAGAUGGUAAGCUCGCUAUCCUAAGUAACACGGGUUGCUUUGUGUCAGUUACCGAAGAAGAUGACAUCGUUUGUCAAAGUACAACUGCUGGUCCUUCUGAAUUCUUAGUUUUAAGGAGCAUGACUCAACGCAUACAAGAUCCCAAUAAAGACAUCCCUGUGGAAGAACAAGGUUCUCUCGCAGAUGUUGAAGUCAACUAUGUGCGAAAAUUCCAGAAAUUUCAGGACAAGAAGCUGAGAAUCAAUAAGGGGGACCAUGGUCAAUUGGUGAAAGCAAAACAAGAAGGUAACCUUCACGAAGCACUUCUCGAUAGAAGAAGUAAAAUGAAGGCUGACCGUUACUUGUCAUGCACUUUAAUAGAGUAUAAUUGGGUUCAUACGGAAUAUAAAAUGUAUAAAAUACUAUCGAGAAACAGAGUAAGGAUUGACAUAAACGUUCUUAUUGACUAUUUUUGGGACUGACAAAAUACAACGGGUAAGUAAAAGGUAAUAAAACCGGGUGUUAAUCCUAUAGCUUAUAUCGUUUAGCCUCUUGCAGUUUCAUAGGUAUAGACUUGUGCAGUCUUUUAACUAUUAAACUUUACGUACAUUCGGCACUUAAUGACUGACUUGUUUAAAAACAUU